CAGGCUCUCAACCACUGAGCCACCCAGGCGUCCCAGAAGCCUCGCUUUUAGCGCAUUUAUUCACACUGUGAGUACUGCAAGCCCAAUUUCUGCUUCAGGCAACAUUAACUUCGCAGUAAUCUAGUUACCAGAUUUAGCUGGAGAAACCCAAAGACGCAGGAACUUUCAUGCGCAAACUUUACUGCCCUGGCACGCAUGCGCUCCGCCGCAGAGAAAGUAGCUACUACGGCUGCGCAAAUCGGUGGCCCGGCCCUUCGCCGUCACAUGUGGGGGACCGCGGCGUGGCGGCAGCUGUGGCGGUAGCGACGGCAGGCCGUAGGGCGGUCCGAGGGUUUCCGGUUCCGGUGUAACGUUCGGGCUCCGUCUCAGAGGCUGAAGUUUGUGAGGUGCAGUACCGAAUCCGAUUUGAGCUACCAUACUUUUCCUGAAGAAUGGCUCUGUCUAAGAGGGAGCUGGAUGAGCUGAAACCAUGGAUAGAGAAGACCGUGAAGAGGGUGCUGGGUUUCUCAGAGCCCACAGUGGUCACAGCAGCACUGAACUGUGUGGGGAAGGGCAUGGACAAGAAGAAGGCAGCUGACCAUCUGAAACCUUUUCUUGAUGAUUCUACUCUCCGAUUUGUGGACAAACUGUUUGAGGCUGUGGAGGAAGGCCGAAGCUCUAGACAUUCCAAGUCUAGCAGUGACAGGAGCAGAAAACGAGAGCUAAAGGAAGUGUUUGGUGAUGACUCUGAGAUCUCCAAGGAAUCAUCAGGAGUAAAGAAGCGACGGAUACCCCGUUUUGAGGAGGUGGAAGAGGAACCUGAAGUGAUCCCUGGGCCUCCCUCAGAGAGUCCUGGCAUGCUGACUAAGCUCCAGAUCAAACAGAUGAUGGAGGCAGCUACACGGCAAAUUGAGGAGAGGAAAAAACAGCUGAGCUUCAUUAGCCCCCCUACACCUCAGCCAAAGACUCCUUCUUCCUCUCAACCAGAGCGACUUCCAAUUGGCAACACUAUUCAGCCUUCCCAGGCUGCCACUUUCAUGAAUGAUGCCAUUGAGAAGGCAAGGAAAGCAGCUGAACUACAAGCCCGCAUCCAAGCCCAGCUGGCACUGAAGCCAGGGCUCAUUGGUAAUGCCAAUAUGGUGGGCCUGGCUAAUCUCCAUGCCAUGGGCAUUGCUCCCCCGAAGGUGGAGUUAAAAGAUCAAACUAAACCUACACCACUGAUUCUUGACGAGCAAGGUCGCACUGUAGAUGCAACAGGAAAGGAGAUUGAGCUGACACACCGCAUGCCUACUCUGAAGGCCAACAUUCGUGCUGUGAAAAGGGAGCAGUUCAAACAACAGCUGAAAGAAAAGCCUUCAGAAGACAUGGAGUCUAACACCUUUUUCGACCCCCGAGUUUCAAUUGCCCCUUCUCAGCGCCAAAGACGCACUUUUAAAUUCCAUGACAAGGGCAAAUUUGAGAAGAUUGCCCAACGAUUACGGACAAAGGCUCAACUGGAGAAGCUGCAGGCAGAGAUCUCACAGGCAGCUCGAAAAACAGGCAUCCAUACUUCAACUAGGCUGGCCCUCAUUGCUCCUAAAAAAGAGCUAAAGGAAGGAGAUAUCCCUGAAAUUGAGUGGUGGGACUCUUAUAUCAUCCCCAAUGGCUUUGACCUUACAGAGGAAAAUCCCAAGAGAGAAGAUUAUUUUGGAAUCACAAAUCUUGUUGAACAUCCAGCCCAACUCAACCCUCCAGUUGACAAUGACACACCAGUUACUCUGGGGGUGUAUCUUACCAAGAAGGAACAGAAGAAACUUCGAAGGCAAACAAGGAGGGAAGCACAGAAGGAACUACAAGAGAAAGUCAGGCUGGGCCUGAUGCCUCCUCCAGAACCCAAAGUGAGAAUUUCAAAUUUAAUGCGAGUAUUAGGAACAGAAGCUGUUCAAGACCCCACGAAGGUAGAAGCCCAUGUCAGAGCUCAGAUGGCAAAAAGACAGAAAGCGCAUGAAGAGGCCAACGCUGCCCGAAAACUUACAGCAGAACAGAGAAAGGUCAAGAAAAUUAAAAAGCUUAAAGAAGACAUUUCACAGGGGGUACACAUAUCUGUAUAUAGAGUUCGAAAUUUGAGCAAUCCAGCCAAGAAGUUCAAGAUUGAGGCCAAUGCUGGGCAACUGUACCUGACAGGGGUGGUUGUACUGCACAAGGAUGUCAACGUGGUAGUAGUGGAAGGGGGCCCCAAGGCCCAGAAGAAAUUUAAGCGUCUUAUGCUGCAUCGGAUAAAGUGGGAUGAACAGACAUCUAACACAAAGGGAGAUGAUGAUGAGGAAUCUGAUGAGGAAGCUGUGAAGAAAACCAACAAAUGUGUACUAGUCUGGGAGGGUACAGCCAAAGACCGGAGCUUUGGGGAAAUGAAGUUCAAACAGUGCCCUACAGAGAACAUGGCUCGAGAACACUUCAAAAAGCAUGGGGCUGAACACUACUGGGACCUUGCGCUGAGUGAAUCUGUGUUGGAGUCUACCGACUGA